AUGAGCCCCAGUGUCAUCCAGAUGGAUCCCUCAACCAACUUCAACUCUUCAAAGAAGAAGCCUAUGCGUUCAGGAAAGAAGCCCAGAGACAACAAGGCUUCACCUGCCCCGCACUCUGGAUACCAUAGCAACGGGUACAAUAGCGGUCCCCGGCACACACCAACUCACCCUGCUGUCACAUCUCCUCAGACAAAGCCGAGCGCAGCCUACGCGGGACCGACAUUCCAUGCAUCGCCUGCGCCAUCUGCUUUACCGAUUCCUAGCUUCUUCUCCAAGUCGGCUCCUGAUGCCAAUCUGGUCCCACCUAUCGAGACCGAUAGUGAUGAGGCGGAAUUGGACCCCGAACCAGAGGUGACUCCGUCCAAACCUCGCAACCGCAACAACCAAUUUAAGGGCGAAGAGCAGAAGCCUUCUCCUCUUGACUUCCUUUUCAAGGCUGCUGUGCAAGCCAGAGACCAGAAAUCCACUAGCAGCCCUGAGGUGAACAAGGUCCUUCAGUCUCCCCAGACCGAACCCCGGGCCGUGCGCCCAAAUCCUGAUAGCAUGUUUGCAUUUGAAAUGGGGAACUCUGAUUACAAUCGCAACUCUCAGAUUGGCCCUUCUUUCGCUCCUUCUUACCAGGACCGUAUGAAUGCGCUGAGACCCUCAAGUACCCCUCAGUCCUCUGACAUGUCUGAGGAGGAGCGACGGGUCAAGACUGAGGAGUUGAAGCAUCUGUUACUCAAUCCACCUCCACAGAAGCCACCUUCCUCGGCGUAUGCCUCUCCCGACUAUGCUGGAUCUUUUGGGCCCCGCCCUUCCAAUGUGCCCCCCUAUGCGACACCUAUGCGAACCUCGUCUGGCCCUCAGUUGACCAUGUCGCAUGGCUCAUUCUCCCCCCACCAGCUGCAGCAGCAGCCUAUUCCUCAGAACAACGGACGUCCCCAGUACCAAUACCCGACCCAUUCUCACUCACCACUGCGUCGUGAGGUUGACCUUGUGCCGCCCCCUUCGAUGCCUCCGUAUCGUGGCCCAGUCUCGAACAGCACCUCGAGCGGAGGUUCCCCGGCGCCAUAUGGCAAUCCGUACAUGACAAAUUCUCAGCCUAAGCGGUCUGGUUAUGCUUCUCCUCAGCAAACCCAUGCGUCGGCUUCAUUCCAAAUGCCACUUAACUCACCAUCUCCUUCUCGAGUGGUGGACACCAGACAGAUUGAGAAUGACAUUCGUCGAGUGCUGAAGCUUGAUACCUCGGGACCCCCGGCUACCCAGAGCUUCGCAUAG